AUGAUGUCUGGAGAUUCAAGCAAUUCGGAAGAUCCAAUUUUACGAGCAAUUCGUCAAAAGAACAAAGCGCCAAUUCACGAUUUUACAAUAUUUGUCCAAGAAGAUGGCAGCAGUGUAAGCACACAGGACCGAAUUGUAAAACAUGUUCAAGCUCCUGCUGCAUAUUUACCUACGGACUCAGAGUUCUUUGACACCAAUGAGCCAGGAAAACCUGAUUUACAUUUUCUUCGUAACCAUUUUAUUCGUGAAGGAAGAUUGUCAGAAGAACAAUGCUUAUAUAUCAUAAAGCAUGCAACUGAGAUCCUCAGGUCAGAAGAGAACUUAAUUGAAGUUGAUGCACCUAUAACUGUAUGCGGUGAUAUCCAUGGUCAAUACUAUGACCUUAUGAAGCUCUUUGAAGUCGGUGGAAAUCCAGAUAAUACGCAAUAUCUUUUCUUGGGUGAUUAUGUUGAUCGUGGCUAUUACUCUAUUGAGUGUCUUUUAUACCUUUACUCCUUAAAAAUUUGGUACCCCGAUACCUUUUGGCUACUUCGGGGUAACCAUGAGUGUGCUCAUUUAACUGAUUAUUUCACUUUUAAGCUCGAAUGUACCCACAAGUAUAACGUCAAAGUAUACCAGGCAUGCUUGGAGUCUUUUAAUGCACUCCCUCUCGCCGCUAUAAUGAAUAAACAAUUUCUUUGUGUUCAUGGAGGUCUUUCUCCCGAGCUGCAUACCCUUAAUGAUAUUCGCAUGAUUAAUCGUUUUUGUGAGCCUCCCACUCAUGGCUUAAUGUGCGAUUUGCUAUGGUCAGAUCCUCUUGAAGAAUUCGGCUCAGAGACUUCUAGCAAGCAUUAUUUACACAACAACGUUCGUGGUUGCUCUUACUUUUACAGUUACCCUGCAGUGUGUUCGUUUCUUGAAAACAAUAAUCUGCUAUCGGUGAUUCGAGCACACGAAGCCCAAGACGUAGGAUACCGUAUGUACCGAAAAACAAAAUCUACUGGGUUUCCUUCUCUAAUGACAAUUUUUUCUGCUCCCAAUUAUUUGGACGUGUACAAUAACAAAGCAGCCGUCCUGAAGUAUGAAAAUAAUAUAAUGAAUAUCCGACAAUUUAAUUGUUCGCCUCAUCCUUAUUGGCUUCCUAAUUUUAUGAAUGUGUUUACUUGGAGUUUACCCUUUGUUGGGGAAAAAGUCACCGAGAUGCUGAUAUCAAUGUUAAACAUUUGUUCAAAAGAAGAGCUAUAUGAUAACCCUUCAGAAGAGGACGAACUCACAUUACUUUCGAAUCACGAUGCUGGAAAAUCAGACACAGAGCUCGACCUUGAAGCCCGAAGACAAAUCAUCAGAAGCAAAAUUAUGGCAAUUGGAAGAAUUUCUCGAGUCUUUAGUGUUCUUCGUGAAGAACGUGAAAGUGUUUCUGAACUAAAAAAUAAGUCUGAAAACAAACGAUUACCUGCUGGUACUUUGAUGCUUGGUGCCGAAGGUAUUAAGAAUGCUAUUAAUUCUUUUGAUGAUGCUCGUAAAUUAGAUCUUGAAAAUGAACGUCUACCUCCUUCCAAUAGUCGCCGUCAUUCCAUGGAAAUAAAAUCUUUGGAAGAUGUCAUAAAUUCAUCUGAAAAUGAGGAUUAUAUCAGGAAUGAAAAAUCAUGA